ACAUGAUGAGAGAAGCAUUAGAAAAACUUCAGCUGAAUAUAGUAGAGAUGAAAGAUGAAAACGCAACUUUAGAUGGUGGGGAUGUCCUAUUCACAGGCAGAGAAUUUUUUGUGGGCCUCUCCAAAAGGACAAAUCAACGAGGUGCUGAAAUCUUGGCUGACACUUUUAAGGACUAUGCAGUCUCCACCGUCCCCGUAGCUAAUGCUUUGCACCUAAAGAGUUUCUGCAGCAUGGCCGGACCUAACCUGAUCGCCAUUGGGUCCAGUGAAGCCGCGCAGAAAGCCCUGAAGCCACACUCAAGAACAAGACCAGCCCCUUCACACGAGCAGCUGUGUAUCAGACCGACAUGGCCAAGAUCAUUCCCAACGCGGUUUCCUCUCACGCUGCAGCACGCCUUCCUUGUUCAGGAGCGCCUCGGGGAGCACAGAGGUUGGCUGUCUGACUGUGAGCCCAGCCAUCACCUGCUUAUCCAGUCAGAGUCAGAGAUAAUGCAGCAGAUGAGUGACCACCGCUAUGACAAACUCACUGUGCCCGAUGACAUGGCUGCAAACUGUAUAUAUGUCAAUAGCCCCAGCAAAGGGCACGUCUUGCUGCACCGAACCCCGGAAGAGUAUCCUGAAAGUGCAAAGAUUUAUGAGAAGCUGAAGGACCACAUGCUGAUCCCCGUGAGCAAUUCUGAACUGGAAAAGGUGGACGGGCUGCUCACUUGUUGCUCAAUUUUAAUUAACAAAAAGGUAGCCUCCUGAGCCAGGGAGUCCCUCUCCUGUGCCCGGCAACACUGCGCACGCCAGGCCGGUGACUCUGUACCCACCUCUGUUGUUUUCAUUGACAAUCUACUGUGCCACUGUGCUACUCACUCGUUUACAAACCUUUAAUUUUACGUUUUAAUUGCUUCAUUUUGUGCCCUACCCUCACUCCCCACACAGUGGUAUGUACCUAAGCUGUGGAUUUGCUACGUGAAGUAAGCCAUUUAGGAAAUAGCAAGCUAAUGAACUACUGAAAUGUGAAUAAUAAUUGUAAGGAAACACUCUUCUUUGAGUGUGUGUGUUCCCGGCAUGAAAGACGGCUUCCUUGCCAGUUUAUUGGGAAGAAUGUCCUUUUGAAUCAAUCAGAUAAACUGUGUUUUGUUGGUGUGUUUUUCCCCCUGAGCCAUUACUCAUCUUUAAUUCCCGUGAAAUGCCCAGGUCCGUGUAUCUUCCCCUGUCCCUCAUUUAUUCUGUGCCCAAAGCUUUCUUUCUAGUUAUUUUUAUCCGUCUCUGCCCCUUCUUUCUCUGCCACCUUGGCCUCAGGUAAAGCCCAAGGCCUUCCCUUCUCCAUACCUUCCGUUGGUCCACCUGUCUGCCAUUGGUCUCCUCCACCACCCGGCUACCCCUCCUGACCGCCCCCUAGAGGGGCAAACCAGCUGCUCAGCAGGACCGUGAGCAGAACCAGGGCGGCCGUUGGAGGAGUGUUACCCACCCAGAGGAGCAUCCUGGCCAGGUUGCGCCCGCCCGACCCCAAGUCUAAAUUCCAGAAGAAGUAGGGGAAUUCCACACCCAAGAGUUGCUAAGGAAUUGUACACCAGGAAGCUUGGAAACCUCCCCUGAGUACAUCUUAGAAGGUGUGUGAGUCACAUUCUAUGAAUUUUUGCCCCAUGAUAAGGUAUGUAUAGACCUUGGAGAAAAGUCUCACAUUUCCCUUAUUCAUCCCCUUUCAAUCCUCCCUCACCCCCUGCCCCCGACUCACCUUCUUUAACCAGCCUUCUCCUGUCUGCAGGUAUGCUGCUCUAGCAAGGUUCAUUCUUUCAAGAGAUGGCUCACCUGAAGAUGAUUAUGAAUGGUACAGAUCAAGGGUGGUGAUAUAGAUUAGCCCAGAAAGAACAAAGCCUCAUAGUGUAGGUGCAAGUUCAGGUAAAUGCUUGAAACCAGCCUCAGAUAAUGGAAAAAACUCCACUUUGAAACAGCCAUGAAUAUUUAUUGUGGAAUUCAAGUACAAUGUCCUAUAAAUUACACAACAGUAAACUGACAUAAUCUCUCUUACAAAGAACAAUGCCACACGUGGGGAAAAAUUGGCCUGCUCACAGUACUGGGAAGUGGUGCUUUCCGAGGGAGGUGACUGAGUCAGGCAUGUUAUCACACUGCCUAGUCAUCUCCCUUCCUGGAUUGCCUGGGGCUUCUUGUCUUGUUUCAGAUUUAAAGAUUAAGAACUAAGACUUCAAGUCUUGCUCUGCUCACCUAUCUGUUUGUAAUCAAACAUUCCUUGUGUUGGUGACCAAGAAAGAAUUAUCAUCAUUUCAGUUCACGGAUGGAAGUGAUAAAGCGCUGGGGGGAGGGGAUCAAGACAUCUUUAAUCCUAACUCUCUUGUGCGUUCAUAGGAUGGUUUUGUGCCAAAAUUUGAAGAAAUUUCUUUUGUUCGUUCUCUUCCUGGUUGCUAAACUUUUAAAUUAAUAUCAUGUACAAGUAUAGAAUUAUGAGCAUCCAGUGAUUGAGCUCUAUUUUGGUAAUGAUAGGAUUUAAAAACUCUCCUGGACUGGUUACAAACAAGAACCAUUCCUAAGUGUGUCAAAGUCAGACUUAUAGGGAAGUCAGAGCAGGUGUAUCCGGUUCUUGGUUAAACGCAAAGCCCUCUGAGUGACGUAAAAGCCGCACAUGCAGCGAGUACAGGUGAUUGUGAUGGAGAGUUGGUUACAAGCAGGAGUUGGUUCAAUCAGUUCAAAACGAAGGAAAAUUUACAAAAUCUCAGGCAAGUAAGCAUUGUCCCUAGUUAAGUCUUCAUAACCCUGGAGACUUGCUGCAAUUUGUUUUCUUCCAGAAAGAGAAUGAAGGUUAACCACAUGCCUAAACUAGUAAAGAAAAGUUGUUCUCUGCAGAUAGGGUUGCCCUUUUGAGUUAAAUCUGACCAUCCGCCAGCAAAUGCAGAAAACAGCCCUGUGAGAAUUGAACAUCACAGAGAACCACAGGAACCAUAGCCCACGUAGUCAGGUUGGAGUUAAUAGGAAAGACUACUGGGGUAUACUUUUCAGAGUCUUUAGUCCUGGCCAUCUGAACUACCCAGCUGGCACCUACUAUGAUUAGUCAGUUGCAAGUGAAGUGCUUUGUCUCUGUGGCACCUGUUCUGCAGAAGGCUGGUUUUCCCUUCUUCCCAGAGCUCCUUUCCCUCUUUCCUUCUCUCUGCCUCAAAAAUCACUUAGACCCUGUAAGCCUCCAACAGGAUCGCAUUCUGCACUGGGCCUUCCCCCACCACCAGGCUUCUUUGGACUCCUCAUGUGAUACAAUGGUGUGAAAACCUAAAAGGCUUGCAGCAUAAUAGAAUCACGUCUUUGAUGUUCUUGUCAGCAUACUGUUAUCUUUGAAAAGGAAAGAUUACCCAUUAGCUACCUUCCUCCCUCUUGUCCAUUGUGAUUUAUAAGGAUAGAUAAACUAACAAACUGCUCUUUGAUGUUAUAAAGACACGAAUUACAUUCAAGUAAGUACGGGUUGAGAAGUCCUUGGUCAGUAGGUUCAGUUUAAGAAGAACGUGACAGAGAAUGAUACAUGACUAAGCAUUACUUCUCCCACUCUGACGGACUGCCUUAGAAACCAACAGGCAGGUCUCUAAUGUGUAUUGAUUGCUCUUACAAGUUACCGUGAAGAGAUAACUAAGGUCAUUUCUUCAUCUCUGCGGGAGGGAAAUAGUCUGUAGGUGAAUAAUGUGACUAAUAUAGAGCUGCAUGUUAGUCUGUAAUUAUUUACUCUAACAUUUUACAGAACUCAGACAUGAUUUUGACAUGGUGUUCGACUCGUGCAUUUUAUUUCACUGACCAGUGUGUUCCGGUCAAUGUACAGUUCUCCAAUCUGUGUGCCAAAACCAGUAAUGCCUUUCGUGACCCUUUCGUCCAGAGGAGUUCUGCACUGAGUUUAGUCUCUGGCUGUCCUGAUCCCACAUGUAUGCCAAUCACGAUGGAAUAAAGUGUGAGCUGUACUGUGA